AUGCAAAACAUUCAGGUUCAAUCUAUAGCAUCAUUCUGCAGCACUUUUCUGGGAACUGCAGUGCGGAUACCAUGUGAGGUAUUAAAGCAAAGAUUGCAGGCUGGAAUAUUUGAUAACGUAGGGGAGGCGAUCAUGGGUACUUGGCAGCAAGAUGGUCUUAGGGGUUUUUUCCGUGGGACUGGUGCCACUCUGUGUCGUGAGAUUCCAUUCUAUGUUGCAGGCAUGGGGCUUUAUGCUGAAUCCAAAAAGGUUGUCCACCAGCUUUUGGGGAGGGAUUUGGAACCCUGGGAAACAAUUGCUGUUGGGGCUUUAUCUGGCGGGCUAGCUGCUGUUGUAACAACACCCUUUGAUGUAAUGAAGACUAGAAUGAUGACUUCCAAGGGUCGGUCGGUGUCAAUGUCAAUUGUAGCCUUCUCUAUUCUCCGUCGUGAGGGACCACUUGGAUUAUUCAAAGGAGCUGUACCCAGGUUCUUUUGGAUAGCUCCACUUGGUGCUAUGAACUUUGCUGGCUAUGAGCUUGCCAGGAAAGCCAUGGACAAAAGUGAGGAUCAAACUGCUGAGCAGUUUUCUCAGAAAAAGUUAGCCAGUUCUGGGCAAGUUUCUGAGAAGUAG